AUGGGAGAAAAUUUCAAAUCGUUUUUACUUCAGUGUAAGGGCCUUUCUGUCGAACUUUGUUUUUGUUUACUCGCAGGGCUUGGUAAAAUCCGUAAAAUCACCAGAAUCACUAAAAAGCAAGCUGCUGGAUUAGGACAAGCUGUAGCUGAGAGGUAUGCUUUUUGGGUGAUACAAUCGGGAUCAGAACGGCGUUGGAGGUACCAGGAUGUUCCAGAAGAAGACAUUCGAUGUGAUCCUCCAUCCAAUGUACGUACAUACCUAAUAGGAUCGAAUCGGUUCAGCAAUCCCAGACCGAACAAAUACGCAGGACCUGGUGGAUACGGAAAUGAAAACAGUACGAAAAACAUUGGCAGCUACGAGACUGUUUCUUCCCAUCAGGCACAGAAUGGAUCUCCACAGCAGUCACUACCCCGUAGCAGCAGUUGCACGAACCUCACCAGCAGAUGUGAUUCCAUUUGGAGAACACCAUGCAUCAGAAUCCUAGCCAGUGCGAUGAUUUCUCUAAUCAAAUGGUUGCAGCAACUCCGCAGGCUAUCGGCAUACGUUUCUAUUCUAACGAGCACCAUGAGGGUGCCGGUGUAAUGCAGCAGAUGAGGUCCGGGUGGCCGUUACAUUCCCAAGAAUCGGCAGAAUGGCGAUGUUGGCCCAUCCAACAGGAGGACGUUCCCGUAUCAGCCGAAGCAGCAGCAUCUCAGCAACGGCUUACUUUCUAAACACAAUUAAAUUUGAUAACUUCCUGAA